AUGGCCGAGGAGGAGUGCAAGCCGUCAAUCAAUAUCGCACCCUACAUGUCAAAAUUUGUACGGUCGCUUCAUGUUGAGGAAGAUCAUCCAAUACUCAAAACGCCGUUUUCGUAUACUCAAUUUGGCGCUGUAUUGAUGGUUGAUAUCGUGGGUUUUAGUCAGAUGACCAGCAUUGCCUCGUCAAAGGGAGAUGUUGGUGCAGAGAUGCUCUCUUCACAAAUUGGAGCAUAUUUUGAUAUGGCUAUUAGAAUUAUUGAAUAUCAUGGAGGAGAUAUUGUAAAGUUCCUAGGAGAUGCUCUUUUGGUUGUAUUUCAAGCUGAUCCAUCUGCAGAGCGCCUUCAAACACCCGAGAGCACGCCAGAUACCAUAGACGAUCACACAGACCCUUUCCUAUCAUCCGAUGGUAUUCAAGCAUCCUCACAAAAACGAGACAAAAUUGCCGUUCGUAAAGCCAUUGAAUGUAGUUUGGAACUCUUGACUCGACUCUCUAAUUACAGGAUUUAUCUCUCACAACGUGAAUUUUCACGGAGAUGUUCGGCCUCCUCAAGCGGAUCUGAUGGCAGCAACAAGGAUGAGGGAGGCAAUACUAUCGCGAAUACAAUGCAAGGAAACGAGCCUACUCCAAACGGAUUGGAUAUGUUACGCAGCAGUGAACAUGACUCAAGGUCGCCACAUCAUCAAAAUAUAACGGCUGGCUUGAGCGAUUUACAAUUAUUGACAAACAAUAGUAGUACCUCAUUAGCAGGAUCCACCACCAGUGAUAGAUCUAGCGCUGAUAGUAGCCCUCAAAUGAACCCACCAAAGCCCUCACACGCCAAAGCCUUGCACAAUGCGGUCACGAGGCAUGUGCCACCUCGCCUCAUUAUUGGUACAGGCCCAGGAGCAGCGAGUAUUCCAGCAUUGCACAUCAUCGCACCCACCCCCACAGUGGCGUCUAAGCCCUAUCUUGACCAUAGCAAUAUACCCACACCUAUCUCGACACCUGCUAUCCCCGGUGGCGUUUCUGAUCUCAAAAGGCGUGAGGGCCUUAUUCCCUCAGGUUCAUCAAGGCCGGGAUCAGCAACACCAAGGAUGAGAGCCGGACUAAUCGCGACUGCAAAGCAUCUAUUUGGCGGUCACUCAAACCCUAGUGACAAACAAGCAGGAAACACUAAGGGGGAAGCGCAGGUUACUGAAGCCGGAACGGCUCCAAACGAUGCUCAUGAAUUGCAGCUGCAUAUGGCUCUCUCAGCUGGAGAUAUAUCAAACAUCAUUAUUGGAGACAUUGGUGGUAAUGAUGACCUAGGAAGCCUUCUUGUUCAGAAUACUGGCCGUCUAGAAUAUGCUAUUUGUGGUGAACAAAUGUCAAUAUUGGACCACGCUCUGAGCUUGGCAAAAGCAGGAGAAGUCACCAUCACUGCAAGCGCGCAGAAAUACGUGAAUACAGAUUCUUAUCCAUCUCGAGAACCAAGAGGAGAUUAUAUUAUUCUAAGAAACCCGCAGCAAGGCACUAGCACCGACCUGCCACUUUUGAGGCGUGUCCGGAACGAUCGGUUACUCAAUGUUCCUGUGGGUAGUAACCCACAUUAUUUCAAAUAUAUUAACAAGUCGGCCAUCCACCGACUCAUUCUUAAUCCUGAUGGCGCAUUUCCAGCUCAGUUUCGAAAUGCUACUAUCCUGUUUGUUAGCCUGGGAGAUGUCAAGCCUUGGACUCCUGAAGGCCUUUCUCUGUGUCAGAGGGCCAUGGUUGUUGUGCAAAAGGUGACGGCAAUGUAUGAAGGUUUCAUUCAACAAUUUGCAGUAGAUGAUAAGGGUGCAACCAUCCUCUGUGCAUUCGGCCUUCCAUAUCCGCGGUCUCAUGAAAAGGAAGCAGUGUUUGCAGUCAAAUCUGCCUGGCUUAUCCGACAACAGUUCCUUGAAGAAAAUAUGCAUGAAUUUAGAAUCUCACUAGCAACAGGCGUAAUUUUUACAAGCACGAUUGGGAAUGAGUUUCGGAGAGACCCAGCAAUUGUAGGGGAUACGAUUGUCAUUGCAGUCAGGAUUCUGAAGUUUGAAUAUGCCAAAGAAUCUAUUAUCUGCGACGAUGCGACUAUGCAUGCCUGUACAUGUGACUACGACGGGCUAUGUGAAUUUGAGGAUAUGGGCGAAGAAUAUGUCAAGGGUAAGGUGCAUCCACUGAAGAUUUGGCGACUUUUGAAUUUUGGAGCAAAGAAGCAACUCCCUCGCCCAGACGAUAUUAGUGUGGAUGAGGCUAUUGGAUACAAGCCCGAACGAGAAAAGGUCGCCAACUUCCUUGAAACAUGGUCAAAAAAGCCUGACAGGAACACAGUGCAAAUAACAGGGCCACGAGGCUCCGGAAAGCGCAUGUUCCAUCAACAAAUCUGCCGCCUUGCUCGCCAUCAUGGGUUCCAGAUAUGUUGUGCGAGGUCUGUCGAAGUCGAACGGAACACUGAAUAUUAUCCUAUAAAAUUUCUACUAUUGGGAAUAUUUGACAUGAUGCGGAGCCAGGAUAUUCCAUUUAACACGAAGGAUUUAGAAACAAAGCUCCAGAAAUCAGAAAGAAGCGAAACAGACAAGAGGGAGACCAGCUCUCAUUCUAUGAAAGACCUCAGCCCCAUAUCUACAUAUAUGAACCCGCCCUCUCCCUUUGACGAUGGACACGAUACUCCCUCAAACUUGGCUUACAUGGAUUUAUCCCCCAACUUGGAUAUAGCACAGUACUCGGAGUUUUCAGAGAAUCAGCCGUCAGACCGAACCAAACUUGAAGAGCUCGUUGGUUUAUGCUUAGAUAAAGUGAAGUCUGCAGAGGAUGGUUUAACGAUGCCUGUCCUAAAUAGGAUUAUUGCAGCUAUAUCUGUCGAAAAUGCUUCGCCCAUGAUUAGCAAGGAAGAUGAUCAAAUCCUAAGCAAGUUCAUUGUCUGCACCUUAAACUACGCGGCUCAAUUCGUCAAGAUCAUUGUUAUUCUUGAAGAUAUUCAAUGGUGCGAUGGGAAAUCCCUUAGCAUUAUUCAAGCAAUCCACGAGGAAUGUCCAUCUGUACUCGUAGUCAUUUUCUCGCGCCCACAACGAGAUUAUGGCUGCAAUAAUGUCCUAAAUACCAUCACUAGCCAUUCAAUGCAUCUGCAGAUCUCUCUCGUAGGCCUGAAGCGUAAAGAGAUUGAACAGACCCUCCUUCAAGCAUUUAGGGCUAGUGGGGUCAAUCGCAUCAGUCCUGAUGUCCUGGAGCUAGUUCAAGAGAAGACCAAAGGCAAUCCUAAACUUGUCAAAAGCAUAGCUAUGAAACUCCGGGAUUUUUGUCACGUCAAUAUCGUCGAUGGUGAACUUUUGGCAACAGGCAAGGACCCAAUGCUGAAUGCACCCUUCAAGUCUCCGGAGGAGAAGAUGCUUCAGCAGGACCGCAAAAUGGUUACAUCUAGGCAGUACGACCGAUUAAGCCCAAGGUUUCAGGGCUUUUUGAAGAUUGCCAGCUGUCUUGGCGAAAAGUUUUCGCUUGCGGAGGUAGGGGCCAUUAAGCCUGUAGAGAUGCUGUUGGGUGCGCCAGAUGGAAAAACCUAUGGAGCGGUGAUCAAUGAGCUGGAUACAUACAGAUUCCUAUCGCUUGCAACGGAGCAACAGACCAACAUGCAGUUCUCGAGCAACCCAUCUUUGCAAACUAUCUACAUGUUCACUUCACCUUCUACGGCGAGCGACAUUUACGAGUCGAUUCCAUAUGAGGAGCGUGUUGGAUACCAUCUCAAGAUGGGUCUGUUUUAUGAGUCUUUUCUGGACCAAAAGACAGAGAAUGAAGACUUGACUGAGCAGCCGCUCGAAUGUCAGGACCUGCUUCCACAUAUCAGAUACCACUAUAUGAGAACAAACUAUACAGAGAAGAAGAUCAAGUAUCUCAAGGCGCUUGCAGAAUACUACCUCAAGAGCAACAUGCUAACGGAUGCUACCGACAAUAUUAAUGGAGUGAUUCAAAUCAUAAAGACAGAACCUGAUUCAAAAGGGCUGAUCAGUGAAGAGGAGAUGGCAGACAUUUACAGGAUCAAAGGCGAGUCUCUCUCAAAACGUAUGCGGGUUGACGAGGCGGAGCCGGCUCUUUUGGAGUGCCUUGCCAUGUACGGCAUCAAAUGGCCGUCGACGAAGAGUGAAUGGAAACGGGAUUUAUUAAGAGAGUGGUUAAAAUUUAAAUAUUUCUAUGCUCGUGGCCUGACUCCAGUCCCCCAUAAAGCAGGCAAAAAACCACAACAGGCGAAGGGCGAUGCCAAAGCACAGAUACGUCUCGCACGACUGAUUCGCGUGUUUGUCUGUUUGCAAAAUAUUUACUUUUGGAGAGUACAGACUGAUUAUGCCAUGCUUUCCAGUCUCUAUACACUGUCGUAUUCACGCAAACUUGGCUUACCCAGCGGCGACCAAACAAUUGCACUUGGACGUAUUGGAAUUGUUCUAUAUUAUCAGGGCAACAGACGCGGCUUUGAAAAGUACAUGAAGGAAGCCUGGCGUAGAAAUAAUGCAGGAGAUACAACUGCAGGGAUGCUAGAAGCCAUAGAUGCCUAUGCUCAGUAUGGAGAUGGUCAUCAACUUGAGGCCCAUCGAUUGUUGGAUAUCGCCAUCAAUGAGAGCAAGACAUUCGGAGUCGUCACUCACCUUGCAAGCUUUUAUCGCGCUGUGACUCAAAAGGCUGCAUAUCGCAUGUGGGAAGGGGCUUUCAACACCAGCCGUGAGGAUUGCCAACUUCUACGCUCAUUAUCUGUAGUUGCGAUUCAGAACGGCGACAGUGAGGGGGAGACCCUUUUUGCCAUACCUACUUUAGGCAACCUACUGUUACAAAAUCGAUUUCGAGAAGCAGAGUCAUGGGUGGUCCUGGUCGAGAAGUUCAUUAUGCCCAAGGCUAGGCUAAUUAACUUAUUGACGGUAUAUGGAGUAUUGGCAUUUUAUUAUGCCAAAAUCGGUUACUACGACAAGGCCCGUAGGUACACAGAGCUUCAUUCUAAAAGGAUUGAGGAGCAGGGAAUUGGGGCGCAUCCAUUCCCACUGAUGAGCUGCCUAUUUACUUUGAUGGCUUUAUAUGAGAUUCACAACCGUAGGCGCUCGUACAUGCGUGCAAGUGUUCCAGAACUGACAAUUCAGACCCAUGGGCAUGGAGUCGCCAAUGUAAGCCAUAUGAUUGCAUAUCUUAAGACAGAUCCACUGAAGCUGAUUUCAGAGCCCCUUAUUUGUCUUGCAGAUGCCAUGGGAAGCUUCAUCAUACCGGGGAAUGAAAAAGAAGGUGGUCGAAAACUCAUCCGAGGCUACUCCGAGUUAAGUGCCUCACUUGAAGGCAUCCAAUUUCUCAAGGCUUUCUUCAUGGCCCAAUUAUGUCGCCAUUCGGAGCCAAGUGUGCAGGGUGAAUACUAUCGCAAAGCCUUUUUGCUUUUCCAGUCUAUGUCGAUGGACCCGUCAAUCUGGUUGACGGAUCCUUCACCCAUGCCGUCCCAAUUGUGGCUGCUUCCAAAGGCAAAAGAAAUGGAGGACCUUAAGGAGGAGCGAACCAGACAUAUACUUGAUGAAACCCCUAUGUCCACUCGUCCUCAGUUGGUUGAUCUUGAUGUGAGUUUACGCACAGGAUCGAUGAAUGCAAUCGACAUUGCCGGUAUAAAGGUCGGAUCUAUAUCUCCACCCGGGUCUGGGUCUUCCGGAGCCAUGUCUGAGCCUAGGACAAGUGCAGCUGAGUUAAGGCCUGCAAUCGAAGCAAUGGCACUGGAUGAGACGGAUGGCCACGACACUACGAUGGGCCUUGAUACCAUUGAUCUUGACGAGAAUUUGUUUGAUGAUGAGCUGGCAACGGCCGCAGUCUCCUCUGCGCCAAUUGCACACGACAUGUGA